GCAGAAGAUUCUUGUAGUAGGUACCCAACUACCACCAGCAAACUUGUAUUUCUCUAAGUAUACUAUAUUAUAUCAGUGAGGUUGUUGUCCCAAGCAAUACCUAAAAUUUAGUUACACUUAAUUCAGAUAUGAUACAUUCACUUAAUAAUAAAUAGAUAGUACCUACAUAAAGCAUGAAUUGAAAUUUUUUUUUACAUAGAUUAAUUUGUUUGGGUAUCUGAUAAUAUACUAACAGUUUCUGGUGCAAAAGACUACAAUAGAUGCAUUAUAGCAGCAGAAAGAAGUAUGGCUGAGUGUAAAAUACGCCCCAUCUUCGGUAACAUGUUCAGCGACAAUCGGCCAAGGUUCCAGGUCUGCCUGAAGCCCUCAGACAGAAUCCCGAUGUUCAUAAACAAGAACUGGCAUUCUAGACAAGUUCCACCGGAGUUGAAGGCAGAUCCAAAAGUUGACAUUGUAGGUGUGGACCGCCAUCGCUUCUUCUCCAAGCCGACGGUGCCGAUGCUCCUGCCCGCGACCCUCGUGACUCCGGCGGCGGAAGUGGCGACGACGUGCGCCCCAGAGCCGUGCCGGGCCCCCGCCGCGUCGGCCGUGCCCGCCUCGCGCUCGCACGGCACCCAGACCGACUACAGGGAGUCGGAGGCCCAGACGACGCCCUGGGCCCCGCCCUGCAGGGUCGCCGACGGCAGCAGCCCGGAGGUGCUCUCCCUGGCCAUGCUCUCCUGGGGCCACGGCCUGCCCGCCGGGAUGCACGAGGUGAGGAUCAUCGAGCGCGCGCGCGUGCGCAGGAAGUGGGAGGAAGCCGUCGCCGCCGCCGACAACCAGAAGGACAUCUCGGACAUCCUGGAAGCCAUGGAGCGGGAGGAAUGGUCCAACAGAGAGCAGGAGAUUCAGAUGCUCCACGACGCGAGGCUAGAAGUGGCUCGCAGGAUCGGGGAAGAGACCAAGCAAGAAGCGCGGGACCGUCUGGAGGAGAGGCUGAGGCGCUACAGGCUGACAAAGGAGCGCGAGAAGGAGCGCAAGCUCCACAGCAUCAGGCACCAGCACAACAGAGAGCUGCGCAGGCUGGCCAUGAAACACCAAGGGGUGCAGAGGAAAUACGUUCGGAGCAACGUGAUAGACGAGCUGGCGGACUACUCGUCAGAGCUGUACGCUCCGCAGAUGAGGUUUGGAGAGCACCCUCGUCGGCGUCAUGAAGUCAUCAAGGUGAAGAAGAACAUCCUCUCACAACUCACAGGAGAGGAGACGGUGGACAGCGUGGCCAGGAGGCGCCCCGCGUUCGACUACGAACGGGCUGCCGUCCCCAGGAAGCAGGGCGAGAUGUGCGCGCGUGACGCGCGGUGGCUUGAGCAGGUCCUGCAAAAGCUGCACGAGGACUUGCUGGCUCUGCGACAGAAGCAGACGGAACCGCUGCCGCCCCUGAGGCUGUUGGUGAGACUGGAGAAGCCGCUGCCCCGCCCCGAGACCCCUGGGACCGAGGGAGUCCCCGACGAGGAAGAACAAGUGUACCAGGCUGCAGUUCUGCUCCAGAAGCUCAUCAAAGGCCGUGCAAUUCAGACCUUGAUGCACCAAGGGCGCAUCAGGUGCCAAGCGCUGAUAGACGAACUGAAAACGACACACUCCCUGACAGAGGCUGGCAUGGCGGAGGUGGCUCAGCGGAAGCUUCAGGUGGAAUCCUUGUACGAGCAGCGGGAAAGCUCUCACAUGGAGGAGAGGAGGCGACUGGGCGUGGUGGACGCCGUGCAAGGCAGAGAGAUCGGCUCCACGCUGGACUUCCUGUCCAGCGAGCUGUGCCGUCUGCUGGACGAGCGUCGCGCCCAUGCGUUUGCGCUCAUGGCCGAGAGGGAGCGCCACCGCCGGGAGGCGGCCGAGGCCGGCCGGCGCCAGGCCGAGGAAGCCAGGCGACGCGAGCAUGACCAAAUGUUCGCGCAGGUGAUGAAGGUCCAGCAAGACACGGUGGACUUGUACCUGGAGGACGUGAUCCUGGAGAGUGUGGAGUGGGCGAGCGAGGACAGCUCCCGGCGGUACAUCAGGGGCCUGGCCGCGAAGAUGGACCAGGCCGCAGCGGAGGCACACAGCAGGGGCAACUACAUUGAGCAGGAGGAGAUGGUGGCAGACCUGAUACACAACUACCUGCUGCCGGAGGCGGAGAAGCGACGCGUGAGGCAGCGCAUCAAGGACAGGCAGAGGCGCUACCUGGAGGAGGCUCACGCUGCCAUCCAGCAGAGCACGCCUCUGGGCGGCCGGCAAGGUGCUAUGCCAGAUGAACCACAGUCAGACUGACACCAAACCACAUUCCCUACAACUCCACAGAUACACUACAGACCAACAAUAUGUGGUGUUAAGUAAUAGUGUUAUAAGCAACUUAGAAAAACAAAUAUCUAAAUAUAUUUCAUAAAAAAAUUCAUGGUAAUUGUCAAAAUAACGUUUACAAGAAUUUUUAAAUAUUAAGUGAUUUUUACUGAUUGGGCACAUGCUCAUGUUUUUAUUAUUUUUGAUCAAUCACACACAUCCAGUAAUAUGCAACUACAUUGACAGUCAAUAAGUUUAUGCCUUUUUUUUAUUGCAUUAAAAUGUGUGAUAGUUUGUCAGAUUUAGGACACAAUCCUUAUAGUUUACAUGCAAAUGGAAACAGAUAACAACAAAUCUAAAAAGUGUGUGCAGACCCAUAUAUGGUACAUGCACUAUGCAGUUGCAGUUCUUCAAAGGUUGUAGUCAAUGUGAUGUUUUAUAUUUGUGCCCAAAAAUUAUCCUUUGUCUAGUUCAUCCUGUAUUUUAAAUUGUACAAUGUCUGAGGGGAUAUGUAAUUCAAAUACUAAAAUUAAAACUGAUAGUUAAUACUCAUUUUAAUUCUCAAAUGUUUAUUGAAGAUUUGACAGGGAGGAUGAAUAAAAUAAUAAUUCCAUAAGGAAUUGAAUAUCAAUAUACUCCACUAGAUAUUCUACCAAAAAGAAAGUUUGGAGUUAUCAGAACCAAACUUGUCACAGUGAUGAAUAUGGCAUUUUACUGGAAUGGAAAACAAAUUAGGGUGUACACAAAACUAUUAAAAAAACACAGUGUGUCAAAAUAUUUUUUUCCAGGAAAACCAUUAUAAAAACAAUUGUGAACACAGUAUAAAACAAUUAUGUAUUAACAUUUAUUAACAUGUAAUGCUUGAACAUGUAACACUUCUUUAAUCUGAAGACAAAACUUCCUCUUCCAUUUCCAUCUGACUUCCCUCUUCGUCUUCGUCCACAUCGGACCACCGACUCCCAGACUCUUCGCUGGCACUGCCCACUCCAUUCAGCAUGUCUUCAGUAUCCGAAGAGUCAGAUUCUACAACAAACCAACCACAGGUGUACUCACUC